AUGGCUAUGCCGCGGGAGUCCAGUUUUAUGCCCACCAUCAAGUGCUCGUCAUGCGGUAGACAGGUCGAGAUCUCCAUGAUGGGCGAGCAUCUCUGCAGUGGUCCCCCAGCAGCAGAUGAUGAGCCAUCACCGCCUCUGGGCCGCCGUCCCGAUAGUUUCGAUUCAUACGACCAGCCGCCUCCGCCGCUCGACAAGUAUGGCCGGAUGGCACCCCCUACUCUAGACACAAGCGCAGCUAACAUGCCAUAUAUGCGUCAAAGUCAGCUCACACCAGUUAGCACGUCGACCGGAUCCAUCAGUGUUUCGCCCAAGACGCCCAACAGUCAAGCUCUUGGUCGAUCAGAUGACUACUUCCAACCACAGAUUGCCAACGACUACGGCUCGAAUCAGCAAACUCGACGACCCGGCGGCUAUGGAGCGUUCGACGACAAUGACGAGUUCGGUGAUCAGAUGUAUCCAAGUGAGCCCAAGAAACAGGCCCCGAGCUUGCUUCAACGCAUGAACACCAUCGCACCAGGACCGUUCGACGCUGGUAGAAGGGGAGGAGCCGCGCCAUCAGCCGCAAAGCUUGCCAUGAGGUCGUCUCGAAAGGAGUCCCUCACGCCGGAGGACAACUUUGGCGACCGUCCACUAACGUCAGCUUCAAACAACUCUUUCAUGUCUUCUGGGAGCAGUAACGCCGGCGGCAUUGCACCACCAAGACUACCGAGAAAGAAUGGGUAUGGGGGGUUUGGUCCUCCGGGGACGAAUCCGGACGAAUUCGAGCCUGAGCCGUUUGGAAGCCGAGCAGGUACUUUCCCUCGCCCUAGCGAGCCGACGGAAGCGCCCGCGAGGACGCCGUCGGCUCCUGGCCUACGACCCGACAGGCUCAGCAGACCUGACCAUGAGAGGAAGCGUUCCAUGGGACCGGACACAUCGAGAGCGCCCCCGCCGAGAACGAGCCUGCUGCGACCGACAACUUCUGGAAGGGACGCUGCGCCGCCUGUUGAUUUAGCCAGCGAGUUUGGAGCGAACAACCCGUAUCACACACCCUCUACCUCGACGUCAUCUGGGGCCUCCGUGUUCAGCCAUGGCCGCCAGACAAGCUCGCAGAGCAGCUCACAAUCUAGCACGAUGCAGCGUGGACGAAGGAAGCCUUCCGACACGUCUGGUUUUGACAGCUUGAUGAACGAGCUCGAGUCGUCGAUGGCUGCUAUGCCAGGUAUGAACGACAUGCCGCCCCCGCCGCCCAAGAAGUCGCCGAGGGAUCCGUAUUUCAGCCGUCGUGAACCCUCUGAGGAUUUCCGAAACGACCCUGCCAUCCAAGGUGGACGCCCGCGCGCCAGAUCUCCGCUUGCAACACAAGACCGCGAUGCCACCAGGUACCCCACGGAUCGCUAUGACCAGGGCCACGAGCGUCAACCCAGUGAUCUACAAAGCGUUUCAUCACCGCCCCGCACCCGUCGCCGUGACCCUGCUGUUCAACCCUCUCGCGGAAACUGCAAGUCGUGCGGCGACCCGAUCAAGGGCAAGAGCAUUUCGUCCGCCGAUGGCCGUCUCACCGGCCGCUACCACAAGGCCUGCUUCGUCUGCACGACCUGCCGCGAGCCCUUCUCGUCCGCCGAGUUCUACGUUCUCGACGACAAGCCCUACUGCGAGCAGCACUACCACAAGCUGAACGGCAGCUUGUGCGGAACAUGCGGACGCGGCAUCGAGGGUCAGUACCUUGAGGACGAAGAGCGAGUCAAGUAUCACGUCGGCUGCUUCCGGUGCGGCGACUGCGGCAUGUCUCUGUCCAACGGCUAUUUCGAGGUUAACGGCAGGGCCUUUUGUGAACGGGAUGCAUGGCGCCGUGUGCAAAAGUCGACCCGAGGACCCCCGCCUGGCAGCCUCGGCGUUCCUGGAGGACCUGGAGGACCCGGAGACCGCGGUCGACGACCCAGUAACGGCCAGUCGGGCAUGCGGCCUCCUGUUGGUCUCCCGCGCGGCCAGCGGAUGCCUCCCGGAGCCGGCCUUGCUGCGCCGAUGCCUCGCAUGAACAAGCGCAUGACGAGACUGGGAAUGAUGUAA